UCUCAUAAAUCAAAUCUUCAACAAAUCACAUUUCCACUCUUUCCUUGAAUCUGAUUCCUCCAACAAAAAUAUAUAGUUAGCUCUGUGUGUGCUCAUUGAUCAUCGAUCGUACUCUACAUACUAAAAAAAGAUGGUGUUUCCGGCGUGUAUUCAAUGCGGAACGAGGCAAAACCCGUGUCGCUGCAAAGUGGUCGGACCAACUUUAGGGUUCGUGGCUUUUCUGAUAACCGGAAUCAUCGAGUGGCCAGUUGGUGCGGUGGUUUAUAUCUUUAAACACGCCAAAGGUCGCCGUAUAAUGGGUCAUCCAGCCAGAAGAGUUUAUCCCAAAGUCUCUAGAUCUAUCCCCAUUUGACUUUCUUGUCGGUAAUUAUAAUCAUGCUAUUGUAUUUGCUUGACAAAUGAUUUUACUUGUUUUAUAUAUGUGAUCACAUAGGGGAUCUAAGUCCAGAAUUAGUAUCCGUUAUGUUAUGACCACAUAAUGUUAUGUUAAAGUUGAUACUUUUGUGUCUUGUCUUUCGACUUACUUGAUGUAUGCUUUCUUUUUUUGUAAUAUAUAUAUACUUGUGCAAGCUAAUAAAUUGUUAUACUGGACGCAAGAAAGAUGCUAUUAUGAUCGAGAAAA